AUGGCAAAACAGAGGCACUGUGAUGAAGCCAUUUUCUAUCACAUCACGAGAUCAUUAAAAAUUGGAAUGUCGAGAAAUAUUGGCGGCCUCAGAGUGAGUCCCAUGCACCGCCCACGCCCACGCCCACGACUGUCCCUGCGAGCGCUGGUGAGAACCGAGCUGCGGCCGGCCGGGUUGGACGACGCCGCUCGCCGGCACAAAUGCAAGAAACAUGACGGGCGCGACGGGGGCGCCGCCGAAGGCCCCGCAAGAUCCUGGUCCUGGAGCACCGUCGGCCGCUCCGGCUCCUCCUUCCUCGGGGAACUCAUCGCGCAGCUCCCGGACUCACUCUACUUCUUCGAGCCGAUGAUGUUCAGCUCCAAGGCCACGACCGAAGGCGUGAAUCCCAAGGUUACUUGGAACCUCCUCAGGAAAACCUUCAGCUGCCAGUUCGACCACGACUGGCUGGUCUUUGCGCGGAGCCGGAAUCUGGUGCGCAAGAAGGAGGGGAAGCCCUGCGCACAUUUGCACGGGGAAUAUGCGCGCUCUUGCCUCAGGAAUCUGUGCCUCAACCAGACCAACAUUGUCGUCAAGGUCAUACGGAUGCGGGUUUCGUGGCUGGCCGACCUCCUGCUGGAGGCGGGGCCGGAGCUGAAGGUCGUACACCUGGUGAGGGACCCCAGAGCCACCUUCAGGUCCUCCAAAAUGUUCGUGCGGACGCAGGCGGACUACAAGGCCCUCUGCCCGAGGAUACUGAAGGAUCUGCAAAUGAUUGACACCGUGAAGAAGUUAUUUCCGGGUCGCGUAACGUCAGUCAAGUACGAGGACCUUUGCCUCGACACCAAAGGAGUCGCCACCACGCUAUGGCGGUUCCUCUCAGGCGCGCCCGAGGCCGACCUCCCGCCCACGUGGGCGCAUUACCUCGCCGAGCACACCGACGGCGCCAACAGGAGAGGCAACGCGUACAGCACGUGGAGGGACACGAGGAAGGAGGCCGAGGCGUGGCGCCAGGAGAUCGGGGAGAGCCUUCUGCUGGCGGUCGAGGACCACUGCGGCGGCGCCAUCGACCUGCUCGGCCACAACAAGUUCCACUCCCUGGCGACCGCAAGGAACCUGUCCAACCCUCUGCGGUGGACGAGGAAGCCCUUGUACUCGCUCGUUUGAACUCUUUCGGGGCUACGGGGAGAGGAGGCAGAAAAGCAUGAAAAGAUAUUUUUUGUGAAUAUAUAUAUAUAGUAAGUCUUAAGAAUUACCUACUUAAAGCAGUUUUGCUUUACCUAAUUAUAUGUUUGCUAGUUUUCCCACCAUGUCCACGUAUCCCAGAAGGGAAAAAAAUUCCCGUAUAACGCUGUUGUCGAUGGUUGUGCUGAAUGUAUCGUGAAAUAAACUGUGCUCAGAUUGUACC